AUGUCUCCUCCACAGGUUUCCAACACGACCAUCUACCACCUGCCACUCAAGGAUGACGGUUCCCCGAAUCUACACGGCGACACCUCAUAUAUCUACCUUGCACCACCCACCAAACCUCAUUACUCCAUUCGGUUCGAAAUCGAGGGCACCAGCUCGAUUUGCAGAGACGGCAGUCUAUGGGUGAAUCUGCCAAAGAAGGGCGAAUCCUUUGAUCGUGCCAAAUUCACAGAGUACAAGCUCAAGCCUACCUUCAAUGAGAACAUAAAGAUCGAUGUGCCUGUCUACCUUGCUGGAGCUUUCGAGUUCUACUGCUCAUACACGCCCUUGCCGCCUUUCACGACUGGGACAUCGGAAGUGCCCAAGCCAACUCGCACGCCCAGUCACUACAUCGACGUUUCGCCUAACCUGCGGCUCGACAAUUCACACUUGCCGCUUGAUGCCAUUUCCAUCAUCUCGGUGCUGUCCAAGUUCAUGGGCAAGUUUCCAGCAGACUUCAAUCGCCAUUUACACGGCAUUAGCGAGCGAGGCUACAACAUGGUGCAUUUCACACCACUCAUGAUGCGUGGUGACAGCAAUUCGCCUUAUUCGAUUUACGAUCAGCACACUUUCGAUAAGACAAUUUUCCCCCGCGGAGCCACGGAUAUUGAAGAGUUGGUCAAGAAUAUGGAACAACACUACGGCCUUCUUAGUCUGACGGACGUUGUGUGGAACCACACAGCCAACAACAGCAAAUGGCUUGAAGAGCACCCUGAAGCUGGCUACAACAUUGAGACGGCACCGCAUCUUCAAGCAGCGUAUGAGCUUGACAGUGCCUUGCUCCAGUUCUCGUCUAAGCUCGCUUCAUUCGGCCUGCCGACACAUCUGACUGGAACCGGCGAUCUUCUCAAAAUCAUGGACGGCAUCAAAGUUCAUGUCAUCGCACCUCUGAAGCUCUGGGAAUUCUACGUCUUGGACGCAGAUAAGGAUACCCAGCUGACCGUGGCUGCAUGGUUGGAGAACAAGGUCGAUUUCGACGGCGAAGUUCCAGACGAUAUUGCCAACGCAUCGUUGAAGGACAAGGCAGAUUGGAUCCGCAACCAUUGCUGUCCUGGUACCGAUCGCAUGGGCGAGCGAUAUCGACGGAAGGUGGCCCCAGAGCGGGCAGCGGCCAUCCUCAAGAAGCUGUUCGGCACAUACAACAAGCAGGUGAACAGCAGCGCAGACGAGCGGACCGCAUACAGUGCCAUGCACCAACUCCUGAAUGAGGUCAAUUUGGAAUGGUACAAGGAGUACGAUGCAGAUUUGACUGUCAUCAUGGAGCAAAUCUUCAAUCGUACGAAAUACAUGCGACUGGAAGAGAAUGGGCCCAAAAUCGGCGAUAUCACCAUUCAAAACCCGCUCAUCGAGACAUACUUCACGCGCCUACCGGUAAAUGAGACGACCGAGAAGCACCAUCCUGACGCUCUGGCUUUGGCAAACAACGGCUGGGUGUGGGCAGCAGACGUCAUGCGCGACAAUGCCGGUCCGAAGUCAAAGGUCUAUCUUCGCCGAGAACUCAUCGUUUGGGGUGACUGCGUCAAGCUCCGCUACGGUAGCAAGCCCGAAGACAGUCCCUUUCUCUGGAAAUUUAUGACUGAGUACACCCAAUUGAUGGCCAAAUAUUUCCAUGGCUUUCGCAUUGACAACUGCCAUUCCACGCCUUUGCACGUCGCAUCGCACAUGCUCGACGCUGCUCGCCACGUCCAGCCAAAUUUGGUCGUCGCCGCUGAGCUGUUUAGUGGUGAUGAGAAGAUGGACUUCUUGUACUGUCAAAAGCUGGGCAUCAGCUUUCUCAUUCGAGAGGCGAUGCAGUGUUGGUCGACAGCUGAGAUGUCCAAGCUGGUACAUGUCAACAGUGGGCGCCCUAUCGGGAGCUUCGAGGUUGACGAUAUCUCUGGCGCGGACAAGCAGGCUCCAGUCAAUGGCACGGCCAAUGGACAGCUGCCCCAAGGUCGGGAAAUCGUACACAAGAUUGUUCCUUCCAAGAUACACGCGUUGUUGAUGGAUUGCACACACGACAACGAGACACCCGUUCAGCGACGCGACGGUCGCGAUACUCUUCCCACGUCGGCUUUGGUCGCCAUGUGUGCAUCGGCAUCGGGAUCAGUCUUUGGAAUGGACGAGCUGUACCCACAGUUGAUUGAGCUUGUCCAUGAGACACGGCCCUACACCUCGCCGUACAGCGACCUCAAGGAAGGUCAAAGCUUACGCAUAGGUCCCAGCGAGGGAAUUGGAGGCGUUAAGCGACUUAUGAACCAGCUUCACACCAUCAUGGGCAAAGACGGCUACGAUGAAUCGUUUGUACACCACGACAACGAGUACAUUACAGUCCACCGCAUGCACCCGAAGUCUCGGAAGGGCUACUUCCUGAUUGCUCAUACAGCCUAUCCUGGCUAUGGCAACGGCAACGGUGGAUUUGGUCCCCAGACACUCACGGGUACGAAAGCAAAGCUUCUGGGCGCCUGGGCUUUGGAAUGCGAUCAGAGCGAGGCUGCGAAGAAAGCAGCUAUCAACGACAAAGUUCUCCGCGGAGUUCCCAGCAGUACCAAAGACUUGCGGGGCGUGAACGUUGAGCAGCGUGGCGACAACGCUGUCAUCACCGUACCUAGCCACUUCCCGCCCGGCUCCAUCGCUAUCUUCGAGACAUGGAUCCCUGGUGCCGAGCACAGCGAGGGACUCGAUAAGUUCCUCACAUCUGGUGCACGGGAAGCAUUCAAGGACUGCAAUCUCAACGACAUAAAUGCUAUUCUCUACCGCGCAGACUCGGAAGAGCGAGCUUUGUCCAACGGUGCUGACGGGACAUACUCCAUUCCAGGCAUAGGAAAUCUGGUAUAUUGUGGUCUCCAAGGUUGGCAGUCCGUCUUGCGUGACGUUGUGCAAGAGAACAAUCUAGGCCACGCAAUCUGCAAUCACCUUCGCGAGGGUCAGUGGUCGUUCGACUACAUCGUCGGCCGGCUUGAGAAGCUUGCUCAACGUGACAUUUACAAACAUCUUGCCGGUCCGGCCGAUUGGUUGAAGCAACGUUUCGACGCUAUCCGCCCUGUUCCGAGCUUUUUAUUACCGCGUUGCUUUGCGUUGGUCAUCGGCACUGCUCACAAGGCGGCUGAGGAGUGUGCCAUCGAGCAAAUGCAUCCGACGAUCCAGAAUGGCCAGCGUUUCCUCAAGGAGCUUGCCAUGGUGUCUUGCCAAGUUCAAGGUUAUAUGGAGAAUGCCAAGCUGUGGCCCGACAAGCUUGACCCAUCGCUCGCCGCGGGUCUGCCGCACUUUGCACAGGAUUGGGCUCGUGUCUGGGGUCGUGACACCAUGAUUGCUAUGCGAGGUCUACUGACUUGCACCGGACGCUACGACGAGGCCAAGGAACAUCUCCUCUGCUUUGCCAGUCUCGUCAAGCAUGGUAUGAUCCCGAACCUGGUCAACUCCGGAAAGUUGCCUCGGUACAACAGUCGUGACUCUGUGUGGUUCUUCUUGCAGAACAUUCAAGACUACGUCAAGUUGGCCCCGCAUGGCGAUGGAUUCCUUCAAGAGCGCGUCCGCCGUCGAUUUCUUCCCUACAAGGAUGACUGGUUUGCGUGGGACGACAAGCGUGCAUAUUCGGAGAGCAGUAGCGUCGAGGACGUCAUUCAGGAGUGUCUGCAACGCCAUGCAUCUGGCAUGCACUUCCGCGAGUAUAACGCUGGUCCUGACCUUGACAGUCAGAUGAAGUCUGAAGGAUUCAACAUCGACAUCGAGGUUGACUGGUCCAAUGGAAUCAUCUAUGGCGGCAACGAAUGGAACUGCGGAACCUGGAUGGACAAGAUGGGCGACUCUGCCAAGGCUGGCAACAAGGGUCACCCAGGUACCUCUCGUGAUGGUGCACCAGUAGAGAUAACUGGUCUACUGUACAGUGCCCUGCACUGGGUAGACACUCUCAAGUCGGCCGGCAAGUUCAAGUACGACGGAGUGACCACCAGCGCAGGAAAGCUCAUCACAUAUGGCGCAUGGGCGGCGAAAAUCAAAGACAGCUUCGAGCACCAUUAUUACGUUCCUACCGACGAGUCACAAUGGCCUCAGUACGACGUGAACCCGAAAGUCGUCAACCGUCAUGGUGUGUACAAGGACGUGCACCGUUGCAAGAAAGAGUACCGCGACUACCAACUCCGCCCCAACUUCCCCAUUGCCAUGGUCGUCGCACCAGAGCUCUUUGAUCCCGCCCAUGCUCUUGGUGCGCUCGCUCUCGUGGACAAGCAUCUCCGAGGUCCCACAGGCAUGGCCACCCUGGACCCCGGUGACAUGGAGUACUACCCGGAUUACAUCAACAGCGAUGACAGUGACAACUACCACAUCGCUCACGGCCUCAAUUACCAUUCAGGCCCAGAAUGGCUCUGGCCCACUGGGUUCUUCCUGCGUGCUCUCCUUCACUUCGAUCUCAAGCGCCGGGAUACCCCCGCCGGUCGCGUGGAGGCCUUCCAGCAGGUCACUCAGCGUCUGCAUGGCUGCAAGGCGAUGAUUCGCGAUACGCCGUGGCGCGGUCUCACGGAACUGACAAACAAGAACGGCUCCUUCUGCAGUGAUUCGUGUCCGACUCAGGCGUGGUCAGCAGGGUGCAUAAUCGACCUCUACGACGACGCCAGUCGCUACAAGAUCGAUCCUGCGCAGUAA